AUGGCUCCUCCGAAAAAAAACAAGGGUGCUCAAGGUGACAAGCCCACCAACCCUGGCAAGACCUCCGAAGGCUGCUCUUGGAUAUCUCGAGGAGCCCCUGAAGGCAUGGAAGUAGAUGACGACGGCACCUCUGCGCCACCGGAAGAAGAGAAGAAAGACGCGGCGCCGAAUGAGGCACCUAAGGAGCGUGGAUUCGGUCAACCUGACGAGGCAUCAGAAAACCCCGGAUCCAAUGCGAAUGCUGCCGAGCCGCAGUUCAAGGCCGAAGAAGACGAUGGUCUUUUCCUAACGGAACACACUGGAAAGAAGGCGCAUACUGGCGAUAAUAGUUCUGACGAACUAGAAGAGCUGGGCGACAUAGGAAGAAUCACCUCCGUGAUAAGUCUAGUCGACAGUAAGCUGGAUAUAUCUAUAAAGGGGCCCUUCGGCAAGUGGUAUGCUAUUUAUCGAGAUGGUCCGCGCUAUGCACUAUAUUACCACAUGGGCCGCAUGGCUGAUGAUUAG